AUGCACUCAACUGCCCGUCAAUAUGACUCGCUCGAGGGGAUGUCAAGAACGGAACCCGACGUUGAGCCCGCCCUCCCACAUGAGGAACAACCUCUCCUAUCUUCGGAGGAUAUCUGGAAACCACCAAAAGGCUUUCUCUGGAUCCAGAUCGCGAUUAUGUCCAAUGUUUUUCUCUCGGGCUUUGACGGCACCAUCACUGCUUCAACUUACGCCGUCAUCAGCUCGGAAUUCAACGCUGCCAACACCGCCUCAUGGCUCACCACCUCAUACCUAAUCACUAGUACUGCUUUCCAACCUCUUUACGGUCGCUUUUCCGAUAUUUUUGGACGACGCGCCUCCUUCUUUACAGCGACCAUCACCUUCAUGGUCGGUUGUAUUGGCUGCGGCAUUGCAAAGGAUAUCAUAUUUCUCAAUCUCAUGAGAGCAUUGACUGGAAUCGGUGGGGGUGGUCUAAUGACUAUGGCCACUAUUGUCAAUUCGGACCUGAUCCCCUUCCGUCGUCGUGGCAUGUACCAGGCCCUCCAAAAUGUCAUGCAUGGUUUCGGUUCUAUCUGUGGCGCAUCCUUUGGAGGCUCAAUUGUUGACAGCAUCGGGUGGCGAUGGUGCUUUCUGAUGCAAGCUCCGGUCGGACUGCUCGCACUGAUUACAGGUCACCUGGUAAUUCAUCUUCCCAGGAAAACCGACCUCAUCGAACCGGGUCAGGGACUCCGGGCGAUCUGGCAACGAAUCGAUCUCUCCGGCGCAUGCGUACUCAUUCUAGGCCUCUCCAGCCAGCUGGUUGGUUUAAGUCUGGGCGGAAACGACCUGCCCUGGUCUAACAUAUGGGUGAUUUCCUCACUCGUAUCAAGUGUGAUCCUUUUAGGUGCUUUCGUGGUUAUCGAAACAAAGACUUCUGCGAUCCCGCUUAUCCCCCCGAGAAUGCUGCGAGGCCUCCUGCCUAUUGCUACCCAAGUCUCAAAUGUCUGUGUCGGAAUGGCGGCGUAUGCAUUUCUCUUUACUCUCCCAUUGCUAUUCCAGGUCAUUCUCUUGGAUUCUGCCGCCAAGGCUGGUGCGAGACUGGCGAUUCCGUCCCUCGCGACCCCAGUGGGUGGUGUUAUUUCCGGCAUUGUCAUGUCCCGUUGGGGCAAAUUGGCCCAACUUGUACGCGUGGGCGCUUUGCUGAUGUGCAUCGGAAACUUGCUAGUGAUGUCACUGCAAUUCAACGACGCUGGGUGGAAGUACUUUACAUACGUAAUUCCAGCAAGCCUCGGCCAGGGCAUCGUGUACCCCGGGAUUUUGUUCACGUUCCUUGCCGCAUUCGACCAUUCUGACCACGCUGUGUCGGCGUCCACGGUGUACUUGGUGCGUUCACUCGGCACCGUUUGGGGCGUGGCGAUCACGUCCACUAUUGUACAAAAUACAUUGCGCUCAGGCCUCGCUGAGGCCUUGAGUGGAGUACCAGACAAAUGGAAAAUUAUCGAUGAUAUCCGACACUCGGUGUCGGCUAUACAUGACCUACCACCGGAUGUCCAAAUGGCCGCUAGACUGGUAUAUUACCGCGGCAUCCGGCUGUCCUUUAUGGCCUCGGCUUGCUUUGGGUUUGUGGCUACCAUCGCUGCACUCUUUACAAAGGGCAAAGGGCUACACCGUGCGAAUAAUGCGUAA